AAUGCAACAAAAACGCCCCGUGGAGGCAGACGAUGUUCAAGCCUAAAUUUGAGAAGUUUGUUAAAACUGUCAAAGUUUAAGUACAUGGUCGCAACAAAGCGAAAAGUGCAUCCAGCCCAGAUGGAAACCAUUUGAAUUGACAGUCGACGUGGUCUUAAAAAAGCAUUAGAUGUUUCCAAAAUAUAGGCUACCGUCCUGACAAAAUGACCUGUUUGGACUUAGAGCUUCACGCCUUUGGAAAAGGAGUCUCCCCCAUUUACUUCUUCAUCGCACUUCUGACGGUCCUGGAGAACUGCAAAGCGUUGGGAUUAUCACAUGAACCAGAGAGAUCUCUGAAGGAUCUGCCUCAGUAUGAAGUGGUUCACCCUACUAGAGUGGAUGCCAGAGGUCACUUCCUGUCCAACUUCCUGUCUCACCAUGCUCGCCGUGUACAGCGCCGGGAAGCCUCAGGGGGACCAGCGGACUCUGAUCGAGUCUUUUACCAGUUCUGGCAUGCUGACCACAGUUUGCACUUUAACCUCACCCUCAACCCAAACCUGCUGGCUCCAGGCUUCCUGACGGAGAGGAGGUAUGGUGGCCUGGAUGGAGCCCGGAUCCAUCCUCCUGGAUCCUCUCAGUGCCAUUUCUUAGGUGAAGUGUGGGAUGGGGCCACUGUUAAAGGAAGCGCAGCCAUAAGCACCUGCGAUGGACUGACAGGACUGUUCAAGUUGUCUGAUGAAGAGUUUUUUAUUCAGCCUCUGGAGAAGUCGAGCGAUGAGGCCUCAGCACCACAAGCCCAUGCCAUCUACAAACGCCAUGCGCCCCCUCCCUCCUGGAGUCCAGUCGUACAGCCCAUCUCAGGGAAGCAAGCUGUCAAUGGCACAUGUGGAAUCAAAAAUUCCCAUCAAAGUUUUGAAGACAUUGAAAGACAGCGGGAGCGAUGGGAGCACCGCCAGCAGAGAAGGAGGAGGAGAAUUCAUCAACGUUCAGUCAGCAAAGAGAAGUGGGUGGAAACGCUGGUGGUGGCUGACCCUAAAAUGGUGGAGUAUCAUGGGAGCAAAGCUGUGGAAAGCUACGUCCUCGCUGUCAUGAACAUUGUGGCGGGUCUGUUCCGAGACGGCAGUAUUGGAAAUGCAAUCAACAUUGUGGUUGUUCGACUCAUCCUACUGGAGCAGGAUGAGGAUGACUUAAAGAUUACACACCAUGCUGACAACAGCUUGAACAGCUUCUGCAAGUGGCAGAAGAAACUUAACAUGAAAGGAGAUGAACACCCACUCCACCAUGAUGUGUCAGUUCUGCUCACCAGGAAGGACAUCUGUGCAGCCAUCAACAUGCCUUGUGAGACUCUGGGUCUGUCCCAUGUGGCUGGGAUGUGUCAGUCGCAUCGCAGUUGCAGCAUUAGUGAGGACACUGGCCUCCCAUUGGCCUUCACUGUAGCUCACGAGCUAGGACACAACUUUGGGAUUCAGCAUGAUGGCAACGGUAAUGACUGUGAACCCAUUGGGAAACGACCUUUCGUCAUGUCUCCACAGCUCCUGUAUGGCACCUCCCUGCCCAGGUGGUCACGCUGCAGUCGCCAAUAUAUCACCCGCUUCCUUGAUCGCGGGUGGGGCUGGUGCCUGGAUGAUGCACCGGUGAAGGAUAAGCUGUCGCUGAACUCGGUGCUUCCUGGGGCUCUGUACAGCGCUGCCCAUCAGUGUCGGCUGCAGUAUGGAUCUGGGUCCCUGCUCUGCGAUGACAUGGAUAAUGUAUGCAGCACACUGUGGUGCACUGUGGGAACAACCUGCCACUCAAAGCUAGACGGGGCUGUGGAUGGGACCAGUUGUGGUGAGGACAAGUGGUGUUUCAGUGGAGAGUGUGUAGCAGCUGGAUAUCAGCCACAGAGUGUAAAUGGUGGCUGGGCAUCGUGGAGCGCUUGGUCGGCCUGUUCCAGGACGUGUGGGGCUGGAGUCCUGAGUGCCCACAGAGACUGUGAUAACCCAGCUCCUAAGUUCAGAGGGAAGUAUUGUCUUGGAGAGCGACGGAGGUACAAGAUCUGUAACACCACACCAUGUCCUCAAGACCUGCCCUCCUUCAGAGACAUCCAGUGUAGCCACUUCAACACCAUAUCAUACAAGGGCAAGUUCUACAAGUGGGAAGCAGUCAUCAACACAGUCAGCCCUUGUGAACUGCACUGCCGUCCAUUGAAUGAACAUUUCUCUGAUAAGAUGCGGGAUGCUGUCACUGAUGGGACACCGUGCUACAAAGGCGACAAAAGCAGAGAUAUGUGCAUCAAUGGCAUCUGUAAGAAUGUAGGCUGUGACUAUGUUAUUGAGUCCAGUGCUGUAGAGGAUCGCUGUGGGGUGUGUCAUGGUAACGGCUCCACCUGUACAACUGUGAGGAGAACAUUUGAGGAGAGUGAAGGACUUGGCUAUGUAGACAUUGGACUGAUCCCAGAGGGAGCCUGGGACAUCCGCAUUGAGGAGGUGGCUGAAGCUGGGAAUUUCUUGGCGCUACGAAGUGACAACCCCAGCAAGUAUUUUCUGAAUGGUGGCUGGACGAUCCAGUGGAAUGGAGAGUACAAAGCAGCUGGGACAGUAUUCACCUAUGAGAGGACAGGACAUCUGGAGAACCUGACGUCUCCUGGGCCCACCAUGGAACCACUGUGGAUUCAGCUUCUCUUUCAGGAGACCAAUCCAGGAGUGCGAUAUGAGUACACAAUCAGUCGAAAUGUCUCAGACGACAGCAACAUCACUGCGUCGGUUUUCUUCUGGAAAUAUGGUUCAUGGACUGAAUGCAGUGUUACUUGUGGAACAGGUGUUCAGAGGCAAAUUGUUCACUGUGUGGAAAAGACAACUGGGAUAGCGGAGGAGCACUUCUGUGACCCCUUAACUCGACCUGACGAUAACCAAACCAGUUGUAACAAGGACCCAUGUCCAGCCAUAUGGUGGGUCGGGGAGUGGCAGAAAUGCUCGGCGAGCUGUGGGAUGUCAGGUCUGACUAAAAGGACAGUGCUCUGCAUCCAGGCAGUAAGUGUUGAGGAGCAGAAAGCCCUGGAGCCCAGUGAAUGUGAACACAUACCCAAACCUGAAUCAUUAUCCUCCUGCAACACACAUAUCCCCUGCCCAGCAGACUGGACCACUGGCGGCUGGUCAAAGUGUUCACUGACUUGUGGAAGUGGAGUACGUCGCCGUAAUGUAACCUGCUCUAGAAACACAGGUGUUGACUGUGAUCCCCAAAAGAAGCCCCUUGCUGUCACUACGUGCUACAUCCAGGACUGUCCACAGGUAGUGGAUAAUUUUGGUAACGACUGGUCUGGAAGCGGCUGGUCGAACAAAGAAGUGCUCAACGAAAUUAACUCCAUACCUGAAGUGAAACCACCUCCCAAAUACAGCACCACCAGAUCCCAGCCAAGAAAUCCUAAUAAUCUUAACAUUGUUGAGGGAGAUUUUCAUUACCACAAUAACAUUGAAAACAUUGAUCACUCUCUGAAAGACAGCGUUAAAGUUGAUGAUUUUUACUAUGACUAUAACUUUAUCAACUUCCAUGAAGACUUGUCGGAUGACUUUGAGAGUGAUGGAAUAGAUUCAGUGGACAGUCAAGGAUUCAGUCCUCCACAGGAUGCCAAGCCUACCCACAGUGUGAAAGAAAAAGCUUACAUGGAAACUACAAGACCUCCCACAGGUACUUCAGCCAUUUCUACAAUUUCGAAGGCUGCUACCUACACAACUGAAGAGCCACUGAACACAUAUCUGGACAAUAAGAAGGACAAUGGAAAUGUAGCAACAAAAGACUCUAUGCAAACAAAUUCAGAAAAUUUGGAUGACUUUCUUUCUGAGGAUUAUCUUCUGCCUGUGUCUACUACACAGCAUUCUCAAACACUAAAAGAGAUACAUGACAGUGUCGGGUGGCCUGAAAACAUUAGCACAAUGCCUAGUCUGGUUUUCACUACAAAGGAGCCUACACAUGAUGUGGAAUGGGGGCAAUAUGGGGAGGAGGCUGAAAACAAUGUCAAUGAGGAGGAAAAUUAUAUUGAGGAUGUCACUGUGACUCCAGAACAUGCUGCUCCCCAUCCAGGACAUCAAACCACUAUUAAUACUGUUGUUGCUACAACAGUGAGUGCUCAGGAGACAGAGGAACGUGAUGAUUAUGAGUACAGUUACAAAGACAAACGUACACUAGGUCCAGAUAUCUCUGCAGACCAAGAAGAUGUAGAGAGUCCAGGCCUUGUAGGCUCUGCCACACCAGGAACUAUAAUUCAGGUUAAGACUAAAGUCCAGCUGGAAGAGAGUGCUUCAGAAAUACCUCAGACAACAAGUAAAUCAACAAUAUUUCCAACUACCUUCACAUUGGAGGAUUCUGACUUGGAUCAGACUAAUUAUGAUACAGUGUAUGCCACUAGUCAGUAUUCAUGGGAUACUGAUCUUGAACUCAGCACAACCUCACUUCCUGCCUCUGAGAAAUCCAUUCCUCCCCCCAUUUAUGUUCUGCUUAUCUCAGGUAACCAAGAGGCCUCUGAUGACUCCACCACAGUAACUGGAACAGAAAUCAUACCUCCUACAAACCAGGAAGGAGCAUCUCAGCCUACUCCAGCAGAUUUCCUGCCAGCUACAAUGAAACAGAUACUGACAAAACCUGCCUUCACUGAGAGAACUGGAACAGAUUCCACAUCCCAAGCUGCAGCCAUUCAUUUAGCUGAUUUUGACUACAAUGAGAUAGUCAUUCCCCCAGUGGUGAGGAGCAGCAGUAGCAGUCGUCCUGUUCCUUCAUACCAGCUUCCAACAAACACAGCAACCCCUCCUGAACAUAGUGCAACACCAGUACAGCACAUGGAAACACCCACACCUGCUGUGGCAACACCUCCACCUGUUCUGUGGCCACUUCCAGUGCCAACAUCUGUCCAAACCUCAGCCUCCACACAAGUCACCUAUGCUGCCUACUGGGUCACUGGCAACUGGAGUGCUUGCUCCACCAGCUGUGGUCUGGGUGCCAUCUGGAGGACUUUGGCUUGCAGUACAGGCUCAGAUUCUGAUUGCGAUCCGGCCAAGAGGCCUGCGCCAGCCCAGCGGUGUUACCUGCGCCCCUGCUCCACAUGGAAAAUUGAGGAAUGGAGUAAGUGCUCCAAGAAUUGUGGAGGCGGCAUUAAAUCACGAGAAGUCCAUUGUUUUGACAUGCGGGAUCAAAGGCCCCUAAGACCUUUUCACUGCCGAGCCAUGUCCUCCAGGCCACAAACCCAAACGCCCUGUAACCUCCAGCCAUGUCUCGACUGGUACAGCUCAUCCUGGGGUGAAUGCUCUGAGGUGUGUGGAGGAGGUGAGCAGCAGCGUAUUGUCGCUUGUCCAGAAGAGGAUCGAUGUGACGUGGACCUUCAGCCCAGCAGCAUCCAAUCUUGUAACAACCAGCCUUGUGCUCAGUGGCUUACUGGAUCUUGGGAACAGUGUUCUGCUUCUUGUGGGGGUGGAGUGCAGCGCCGACUCAUCCGAUGUGUUAACACAAAGGAUGAGACAGAUGAAGAAGUGGAUCAAGCUCAAUGUGACCACAAGCCGCAGCCUGAGAGCAUCCAGAAGUGUAACUUACAGGAGUGCGAAAGCGCCCCAUCUGGAGCAGUAUGUCUACGUGAUCGGCUCACCUUUCGUUUCUGUCAGACUCUUCGUUUGAUCGGCCGCUGCAACUUGCCCAAUGUACGAGCACAGUGCUGCAAAACCUGCAGCCAGCGUUCCCACUCCAGCAGCACGUCUCGCAACAAAGUGCAACAAAGUAACCACUCACAUGCCUCAUCAUGAACUGAUUGCACCACUGAGUGAUGAAAUAUGAAUCAUCAUUUAAAGUCAAUCAUCUGAGCCCUUUCCUUGUUUCUUUACAGAGUAAUUAUGAAUUAAUUUUAAUAACAGGCAUUUUGUGCUGGUGAAAUUAUUAUAGAGUGCUGAAAUUAACUGGGCUAAAUGAAACAAAGCGUAGCCUCUCUUAGCAAAACAAUGAGAAUGUAAAUAUUUGUAUGCACUUAUAUCAUACAGUUUGACCAGAAUGACAUUGAAUGAAUCGAGAUUUCUUUCUAACAGAUAUGGUGCUACAUAAGGGGUCACCUAUUGAUGUUAAGUAGCUUAAUAAUGCACAUAAUUACACAUGUGGAUAAACCACUCAUUAACCUUAAUGGUUGGUACAAUGCUUUCAUUUUAUUGACAGCAGCAGAAACUGAACGGAUUACAACAGGUAUACAACUCACAAUGUGGUUUUAUGUAUAAUGUGGUACAAGUGUUAUGAAGCAAAAAGUAAGUGGUGAAUUAAUGCAUUUAGAAAUAACUGACCGUUAGCAAAGCCCCCCAGUUACUGUUGCUACAAGCAUUCUGAUCUUACAUGGCAGGUGUGCAGUUUACAAUAAUGUUGGCAGAUAUUCUAUUGAAAUUCAGUGGAUCCUUGCUUUCAGACAGAUGUAGACAAAAGCAGGCUUCUCAUUUCUGGUCUGCAAUUGUCUGUUUAACCAACUAUAAUGGCAAAGUUUAGCAGCUGUUGCUAGCUGGCUAGGCUAACAUUAGCUCCACUAACUGUUUAAAAACUCAUUCUCAAGACAAUUUGGUAGUGAAUGUUGAAAACUGGGACAUUUGAGAUAUUUUUUUUUUUACAGAUAUUGGUCAGCAUUCUCACCAUUUCAUGGUUCGUAUAAUAGACAUGAAAUUAAACAAAAUUGUUCUUGCAGUGUAGAGCAGAUUGGCCUUAGUGUAAUAUGUGAGACUAGUAUUCAUUCUAACAUAGUUUGGAUGCUUAGCUUAAUGUACAUAGAGUCAUGCUUCGAUGUUCGUAAUUUCCAACAGUAUGUUUUUAAUUUUAAUGUUACAAGAGAAUAAGCUUUAAAGAAGUUGACUAAUUGUCAUUUGGCAAACAUAACGCUGGGAGGAUAUCUAUUCAACUUGUUGUAACAUUAGCAUAAACUCUGGUGUAGUAUCAUCCAUGAUCAGUAAUUUGUUACAUCACUUGUAACCUCACACAACAGUGUAAUUAGCUAAUUAUAUGCUAAUUUUGGCCUUGGAAGCAACGCUGGGUUACUGUAAAUAGCUACACAUGCUAAUAUUUGCACUAUAAAUUAGAGAAGACAAAAAAACGUUUUAGUUAAUUCCUUACUCUUGUGAUUUUGGUUUGGGAGAGGAUAAAAAGACACAACCCUCCAAACGUCUAUGAAGAUUCUCAGUCAUCCAGGUCAUAGUUAUCCAACGAAGGUUGAA